ACAGUUAAAUUCAUAGCAUAUUCAAAACUUCUCUGCCGUUGCAAAAUUCUCAACCCUAUCCGAGGGAGUGACUGCAGUUUCAUUCUUUCUAGAAUAAUCUCAAAACCCUAAACCCUAAAAUCGAGCUACCAAAUUCUGUUAAGCGCGCACAUAGCUAAAGCAAUGACAUCGCCGUGCAUUGAUGCUUGCAGAACCUUCAGCACUAGUCUAUUUCAGAAAUCCCCCUACCAGCGGCACUGCUCUGGAAAUCACGCGGAUCAUCGACCCAAUUUCUCGGCAGCUAACCUCACGUGUCGCUCUUAUCCUUUUAUUUCCUGCAGUUUCAGCGGCAGGAAUAAUCCCCAUGUGAACAGCCGUGAAAGCUCAAUCGAGAAUUGUGACGCUACCGGUGGAAGCGGGAGAGGAAGAGCUCAAGCUAAGGGGAAAGACAAUGUGUGGAGUAUUGACAACGAGAGAUCGAAAGUUGAGGGGAAGGAGAGAACGAGGACGCGGAGAAAAAGGGGAGGUAAGCGUGUGAGGAGUGCGAACAGGAAAGGUGAACGAGUUCUGGUGUCUGGUACCAUGUUGAUGGAGGUUGAAACUGUUUUACAGACGCAGGAACCAGUUAUUCGGCCGGCAUGGCAUACGUUUGCAAGUAGCAUCAGCGGGAUAUGGAAGGGAGUGGGAGCAGUGUAUUCUCCUGUAACUGCGGAAAUGGAGCCAAUUGAGAUGGGGAGUGCGAAUGAAACCUUAUUUGACUGCUAUACAUUGUCUCACAUUCAGGCCAAGCCAUCUACUUCUGGAAUUCAGCAUUCUGAAAUAAAGAGAAAAAUAAACUGGGUUACGCUUAAUCCUUAUGGGGAAGCUAAAAAUAAUGGAAUUGGUUUUGGAAACAAGAAAUACGGUGCAUCUUCCACAGCAAAGGAGACGUCUGACAGAGGAAGACAGAUGGAUCAUUCAUUGCCAACAAUAGAAUCUUUUGACUUUGGAAAAAGUGAUAUUAUGGAAGAAGAUGACAUGGGUAUGGAACCCGGUCUUGUUUUCUUUGAGGAUGGAUCUUAUUCCAGAGGCCCAGUUAAUAUUCCAAUUGGUGAAUUUGAUGAGUCUAAAUAUUACCUUUCCCCAACUUUCAAGUUUGAACAAUGUCUGGUUAAAGGUUGCCACAAAAGAUUGCGAGUUGUGCAUACCAUUGAAUUCACCAAUGGCGGUUCAGAUAUUCAGAUACUAAGGGUUGCUGUUUACGAAGAAGAAUGGGUUAGUCCAGCCAAUAUCCCCGACACCAGUGAAAUGGAACUGGAUUUGAAGCCAUUUUCUCAAAGGAAGAGGGUCCAACCAUCUGACCUAAGCGGAUCAUGGAAGGUGUUUGAGGUAAGCGCCACACCAAUUUACGACGAAGGCACAGCAUCAAUGGAGGAGGAGGAAGUCAGCAGCACACCAUACGUGUACCUCUGCACGGAAAAUCUUAAGAACAGAAGCUUGCCCGAUAAUCUUGUUUACUUCGGGGAGGAAGAGAUGCUGGACAUGCAAGAUGUAACAAUCUUGUGGUUACCGGGGGGUGUGACUACUUAUGUUGACGUGGGGGAGGACGGGAUCCUUUGUAUUGGUGUGGGAUGGUAUUCGGAUGAAGGAAUCAACCUUGUAAUGGAAAGGGAUUAUGGAUUAGAUGGAAAGCUUAAGGAGGUUCGAUGGAAAUCCGAGAUGAAGAGAAGAUGGACCAACCCUCCUCCUAUGUAAAUGUAAGUUGUUACUAACACUUUUUUUUUUUGUGGUAGAUAAAUUUUCAUCCACUGCAUGCAUGACUAGUUGGAAGUAUAGUUAUAGUAGAACAUUAUUACAUCAUUUUUAAGUCGAGAAAUAUACCUAUGUUGGCAUGGUUGUUGUAGAGGGUAUAAUUGUUCCAGCCAUUUUAGGCUUUUUUAUUUUAUAGGUUGUAAAUUGCAAUUUGAAAUGGUGACACUAAGAGUAGCUUUUAAGCUGCA